ACACCUCCAGACACAUCGGUAAACAUCCAGACACCAAAACCCGCUGCGUGUUUUUUUUUUGCCCUGUUCCUUUUGAACAGCGCACCCGCUUUUUGUUUUCGUUUUCGCCCUCCUCAAAAAAAUUUUCUUUCCCUGUUUGCCGCCAUCCCUCUCCCCCUUCGUUUUUGUACCUUGUUUUUUUUUGGGUAACCUCCCUGCUCCCCCUUAAAAUCAACAGGAAAAUAAACAAAGCCAGCUAAGCGCCCAUUCCAACCGCCACGCUAGCGCCAACUUCGACUUCGACUUCAACACCAAAGAGCUUCUUGCCAUCAUCUUCUAAGCCGAAGCAUCUCCCGCUGACACGUAGCUAAGAGGAGAGAAAGAACUCGCUGAACAACGAACAGUGAGAAAUAGUACCAAGAGGACACGACAUGGCUGAAGAACCAGAAGCAGAUCUCGACUCCAUUGUGGAUAGACUACUGGAGGUCCGUGGCUCAAGACCGGGAGACCAGGUGCAACUGGAGGAGUACGAGAUUCGUUUCCUGUGUAAGAAGGCGAGAGAGAUUUUCAUCCAGCAGCCGAUUUUGCUGGAGCUGGAGGCGCCAAUAAAAAUCUGUGGUGAUAUCCAUGGCCAGUACUACGACUUGUUACGACUGUUUGAGUACGGUGGGUUCCCACCGGAGUCAAACUACCUGUUCUUAGGAGACUACGUGGACCGUGGAAAGCAGUCGCUUGAAACGAUCUGUCUCCUGUUGGCGUACAAAAUCAAAUACCCGGAGAACUUCUUCAUCCUGAGAGGUAACCACGAGUGUGCGUCGAUUAACCGUAUCUACGGUUUCUACGAUGAGUGUAAGAGAAGAUACAACAUCAAGCUUUGGAAGACCUUCACCGACUGUUUUAACUGUUUACCUAUUGCUGCCAUCAUUGACGAGAAAAUCUUCACUAUGCACGGUGGGUUGUCACCUGACUUGAACUCGAUGGAGCAGAUUAGACGUGUUAUGCGUCCAACAGAUAUCCCAGAUGUCGGGUUGUUGUGUGAUUUACUGUGGUCAGACCCAGAUAAAGACAUCACAGGCUGGUCUGAGAACGACCGUGGUGUCAGUUUCACAUUUGGACCUGAUGUCGUUUCAAGAUUUCUGCAGAAACAUGAUAUGGAUUUGAUUUGCAGAGCUCAUCAAGUUGUUGAAGAUGGUUACGAAUUCUUCUCAAAGAGACAACUAGUGACCUUGUUCAGUGCUCCUAAUUACUGUGGUGAGUUUGACAACGCUGGUGCUAUGAUGUCUGUUGAUGAGAGCUUACUAUGCUCUUUCCAAAUCUUGAAACCUGCUGAGAAGAAGCCAAAGUACAACUAUGAUGCUGUUUCACAACAAAGAGCUGCUACACCUCAAAAGAAACAGAAGAAACAAGCCAAAUGAAUUGCUCUUACUACUAUUAUACAUGACUUUACUCUUCAUUGUCCAAGUUGUUUGUCUAUUUUCUAUCUCUUGUUUCUUUUUGCCCCAUUUUUGUUUUCAUGUUGUUGUUUU